AUGAAGUUUACUGCUGCCUUUGGCGUUGCUGCCCUAUUCAUGGCGCCGUCUGCUGCGGCCUGGAAGCUACCUCACGCCGACAAGGCCUCAUCUGCUACUCCUACCGGUUCUCCUUCCAGUGGCUUCCCUGGUGGUUUCCCAUCUGGAACCCCAACUGGAACCCCAUCUUUCACUCCAUCUGGAACCCCGUCUGUCACUCCAUCUGGAACCCCGUCUGUCACUCCAUCUGGAACUCCGACUGGAACCCCAACUGGAUUCCCAACUGGAUUCUCCUUUGGCCGCCGAGCACCUGGUCAUGGUCCUGGUAUUAAGGGACCCGGCCGUGGAGGCCAUGGAGGCCACGGAGAGCACGGAGGGCACGGUCAUGGAUCCGAGUCCACCAGCUUCCCCACCAGCUUCCCUUCCAGCACCCCAACCAGCGCUCCUACCAGCGUCCCUACCGUCGUGCCUUCUGGCUUCCCCGAGUCUACCGGUGUCCCCCCUGGAUUCCCCGGUGGCUUCUCCGGUAGCCAGUCCUCCAGCGGUUCCUUCACCAUUCUGCCUAUCGCGACCGCGACUGCUGCUACUGUUGAGCAGGGAGACUUCGCUCGUCGUCACGCCCGUCAUAUGUUGUUUUAG